CAUGUGUGUCAGUGUCAGUGAUUUGUAAUCAUUUUUCCCCAUUCAUUGCGCUCAGCGGCAUGAGAUGAUCGACUCGUGUCGUGGAUCACGGUGGACUGGAGGAACGAACAGAACGAUACUGUCUAAAUGUGGUGAAAAGGAGAGCUACUACACUACUGAAGUAGAGAGAAACCAGAAUCCCAACUGGCCUAAUAAGCGCUACCGAUAGAUUUACGGGCUGCCUUCCUUGGCAUUCCUUGCUGGGAGCGCUGGAGACGCUAACAGCUAGGAAAGAUGCUGUCCGAGGUAUGGGAGUUCGUCAGCGAGACAUUUUACUACAUCUACUCUGCUGCAGUGUUCGGAAUAUUCUCCGUGCUCCUGGCUACGCUUGGCUUAUUCGCUCUCUACAAACUAGUCGGUUUCCAGAGUGUCGGAGCGGCGGGUGUCACCCUUGUCAAAGACUUCUAUACGACGGUGAAUGAGAAGCGAAGGAGGCUUCGGAUUUUCUCCAAGCCCGGUGGUGCAACGUACGCAGAGUGCUGGGACAAGGUGAACUUACAGCCUCUCCUGCUUAUAGAAUGGCUGCACGCGAACUGCCCAGACCACUGGCACACGUGGGUGGCCAAAGCUGUCAGGAAGGAGCUAAAUGAACUUCUGAUCAAGCAAUCAGCGGAGAAAAAGGUUGCGUGGAAGAUCAGUCUGGACGGAAUGAGUAGUGGCUCAUGCAUGCCCGCUGUCAACGAUACACAGCUUCGCUACGAAGGAAACUCCCGAGAUACACUGGUGAUCACUGCUGAGCUCAACCUGUGGAGUUUGGAUGGUGUUGCACCACUGGUGUUUCUCUGCACAUGUAUGGGUCAGUACAAGGGUAGUGUCAGCCAAGUCCAGGCCGGUGUCACCGUGCGCAAGCUGCAAAUGAAGGUCCAGCUGAGAAUAUCGCCCUACAAGCCCCUGGAUAGUAAGGCAGGCAGCGUUCCAAGGUUUUCGUAUGAACUGACAACUGUGAAGCUGCACGCGCUCAGCACCACACCGCAACUCCUUAGUGGAGCCCUGCUGCACAAGAAUGAGGAAGUAAAGCUGAAGGCGUUCCUCACGUCCGCCUUCGAAAAGGUGCUUGAGCUGUGUAAUGUCAAGCUGGUGCCGCCACAGCCAGAAUCGUCUAGGUAUUCAAACCAAUUGUUGGAAGAGCAGCUGGCUAGCCUGUCCAAGGUGCGGCCGCUCUCUCGCUCACAAACAUCCCUGAACCAGCAACCGAUUGGCGGUGGGAUGUCUCUAGACCUCCUUCCCAAGCAACUAGUCGUGGAAGUGGUUGAAGGACAUCGUCUCUGUCGGAAAGGAAAAGACUACAGCGAUUCAUUCUGUACAUUAGAAGUUGAUUCACCGGAUCAAAAGCCUCAGAACACCACCAUCGUCCGUAAGGCCACCUCGCCAGAGUGGAAUGAAGCAUUUGUCUUUGAUCUGGGUGACGAGAGUACGUGUCUGACGGUAUCUGUUCAUCAUCAUGAUGUCAUCCGGAAGAAUGAGUUUCUAGGUCGCGCAAAGCUGAUGUUGAACAAUGUUACGGAUGAGAAGGGCCUCACGAAGACACUGUUCUUGGAAGGGAGGAGUGUGGAAGGUGAUAUUGACCCGCAGACCGGCAGCGUAACAAUACGAGUUCAGCGCAAGAGCAUACCACGGUUGAGCAGGAUCAAACGCUUCAAAUCAACGCCGUCGGUGGCUGUAUCGUCACAAAGCCUUCGCGAGUUCAAGCGCUCCUCCGGCACCAAGCCGCUGGAUCUGAAUCAGAGCGCUCCUGCAGUAUCGUUAUCAAAUGCCAGUACUCCCGGAUCGCCGGAAAACAACGAAUCUCCCAGGGGAAGACUGCUUGGGCGCAUGCUUGCAGCGGAGUUUGCCAACCGAACCCGCUCCGAGUCACCCGCGAUCAACGUCGAGUCGCCUUCUGACGGUACCGAAGACGAGCAUGUGACUGUCACACGCGCUUCCGAAGGUUCCGCGGUGUCGCGACAGGCCAAGCACUCGGUGACGUACGAGAUGGACGGCGUGGAAAGCGUGGAAGGCGGUGGUGGUGAUGACGACCAGACCGACUAUUCAGCGCCGGCAAGCAAUGGCAUAGCCCGGCAUGGCCAACACUCACCCAGACAUCACCACCGACCAAGACCACUCUCCGCUGACAUGGCCAUGUCCACUGGUGAUUUGCUCGGCUUCUCAGACGGCAGCACAGCAGAUCGUAUGAGCAGUGCAUCCGGCAUGUCUGGUGUUCCCCAUGACUUCUCAACAUUGGUGAUCGAGACAGACGACGAUCCUCCCAGACACUUUCUCAUUCCUUCGGGUGCUAGCAAGCGUACCCUACCCGUCAAAGGCCAGAAGCUUCACAUCUACAACAAUCACGUCUUUGUUGCAACUCGCUUCAGUGCUCGCCAGGAGGCUAGUCGACGCUGUGCAGCCUGUGCCAAAGAAAUCACUGGCUUUGGCAAGCAAGGAUAUCGGUGUCGAGACUGUGGCCUGGCAUGUCAUAAGAAGUGUCACUGUUUCGUGGAUAGUGCGUGCCCAAGAAGCUCAGUUAGCUCCAUGAAACUAAUCUACUGGGAGAUGCCUCUGUGAGCUGCAGUGGCCACAGUGCUGGUCACAGUCACGGUGGACCUUCUUCUGUCUGACGAACUAUUACUUACGAACUAUUACUUGUCGCUUGAUUGCUCCCGAGAUGCUGAUGUGCUGUGGUGGUGGUUGCUGGCAACCGGUUAAAAUCCCAUCUGCGGUCAAGCAGAGGCAACUGGCACAACCUAGCCCCUGCACUGAAGACAUUCAGCUAAUAGGAAUCCUUGCAUAGUAGGUACACGGUGGACCUAAUUUCGGCACUGGUUAUCAGAAGUCAAGAUCUUUAUGGGCCUAUGGGCCAACUGGAAUUGUGCAGCGGAUUGAUUCAGACUGCUCUCCUGAAUGCAUCCCACCAGGUUCAUCUGGUUGUGCCACUAAGUGCUGUUCCAUUGUGGACAGUCAUGGUUCACUUGACAUGUGUUAAGCCUGCGAUCGUACCCUACCGACGACUAGAGAGUGUAUUCUGGACUAUUCUAUGCACUGCCUAGGUCACCCUAAUCCGGCUCUACCCUAGGUCACCCUAAUCUCUACCCUAGGUCACCCUAAUCCAGAUCUAGCCUAGGUCACCCUAAUCCGGCUCUACCCUAGGUCACCGUAAUCCGGCUCUACCCUAGGUCACACCCUAAUCCAGAUCUACCCUAGUCUGCUUGCUUUUCUGUACGUGCUUCAAUGCUGCUAUGUUUCUUACCAGAUUUGACGCUAGCUGGUCUUUGGGCCUAAAUGCAUAUGCUGUGUACAUCGAGCGCUGCUAGAUAGCUAGAUAUUGAUAUUGAUCUUCAGGCUUUUGCUAAUUGUCCGACUUUUAUUACCUACCCCAAUGGAACGCACGAUUUAAUCAUCUGAAAUUCUAGGCAUAUUUACGAUGUUCACCGGCACGAUUCAAACUGAUCUAGUUUACGGAGUGGA